CGUCAGAGGUCAGCUGACAGGUUUGUUUUGCUGGCUCGAGCUCGUCCCGAUAACAACACAGCAGCAGCAGCAGCAGGAAGCAGCAGCAGCGUCGACCCAGCGCGAGACAAGUGUCCUUCACUUUCUAUUUUUACCGUCGAGCUCCCGGUCUAACGAGCCGUUUGGAGCUGUUAUAGUUUCAGUUCCGGUACAGCCGCGACCUCCGCUUCCGUCCACUGCCGACUGGUCGACUUUGGCUGCAAUAUGCCUUCAGAAAAAACCUUCAAACAAAGAAGGACAUUCGAGCAGAGAGUAGAAGAUGUCCGACUGAUCCGAGAGCAGCACCCCAACAAGAUACCGGUGAUCAUCGAGAGGUACAAGGGCGAGAAGCAGCUGCCCAUCCUCGACAAGACCAAGUUCCUGGUGCCGGACCACGUCAACAUGAGUGAGCUCAUCAAGAUCAUCAGGAGGCGCCUCCAGCUGAACUCCAACCAGGCCUUCUUCCUGCUGGCCAACGGCCACAGCAUGGUGUCGGUGUCCGCCGCCAUCUCCGAGGUCUACGAACGUGAGCGGGACCAAGAUGGCUUCCUCUACAUGGUGUACGCCUCCCAGGAGACCUUUGGCUCCGCCCAGUGAACCGCCCCCCUCCUCUUCUUCUUCUUCUUCUUCUUCCACCUGGCAGGCCAUUGAACAAUUGUAGUUUUUAGCCCCCUCCAUGUCUCUCGCCACACGCCUUUUAGUCUCUAUUGUAAGAACUGAAACGCAUCCGGCUUCACCUAAACACGGCGUUCGGUAACAGCUUCGGUUCAGGUUGUGAUCGGAUAGGACCCGAAUGGCAGAGAGAGAGAGAGAGAAAAAGAGAGAGAGAGAGAUAGAGAAAGAGACAGUUUCCAGCAGAGAAAUCCGGGCCAAUGGCGUCUUUUAGUGUCUCUGCCACGCCAACGUACCGCCAGUCGCCGGCAGUUAUUUUCAGUGUUGUGGUUCCGCGUGUCGUCGGCUGUAUUAACGAUGCGUAUGAAUACAUUUCAGGUGAUAUUGCAUUAAAAGUGUCCAGGCUCCACCGCUUGUCGAUAUAUAUAUAUAUAUAUACAUACAUUAGCCAAUGAACAACGCCAACCUUUACCGUAAGGGUUUUCUUUGGAGGCGGGCUCUGGAGUGAGGGUUUCUGGGUUUCCCGUGUGUGUUUUUUUCUUUAGGGGAGUGUUUUCACCGCAGUGAGGAGCCAGUGACUCUUUGGGACUCGUCGUCUGGAUCCGAGACGCGAAGCGAGGUAGAGAAGAUUCCUGUUAAUCCAUGCGUCUCCUCCCAUUCUCUCCAUGGUCCUCCUCUGGUGUUUUGACCCCGCCUCCUAUCCUAAAGCAUCUUCCCCGUAACAGAGCUGUGUUUUGGGGGAGGGGGGGGUUGUAGUUUGGAAAAAAAAAAAAAAAACAAGCAAUGCCUUGGUGUACAGACAUGAUUGACUUUACAGCUUUGAAUAUAAAGGGUGCUCCAACGACGGUGUGACCAAGUGACUCUGGGACACACGACAGGAGCAGCAUGUGUGAAUGGAGGAGGAGGAUGAUGAUGAUGAGAUGUUUUUGUAAAUGAUAACAGUUGGAGUUUAAUUUCCCCUUCAUUUUUUUUCACGUCCUUCUUCACAAGUAUUUAUGAAGGAGAUCAAAUCAAGAGAACAUCCCGUCUGUCUACAGAUGGUCCUUUAGGUGUGCUGUGCUUCCCCUCCUCCUCCUUAACUUCCUCACCCUCUUCUUCACUUGACGUUUAGAUGCUUUUUAUAUACCACGGUAUUUUAUCAUUCUGGUUCUUUUUUUAUUUGAUGUGAUUUUUAUUUCCGUGUAUGUCCGUACAGCACGUGAAGCCCACGACCGGUUUGUUACAGAGGACGGAGCGUUUGUUUCCGUGCUCUUUUCUGCCUGCUCCUCUGUUUCUCACACACACACAUACACACACACGCAGCAAUAUCACACAGCCUCUUCUUAUGUAUUUAUGUUGGUAUUUUGUAAACAAUAAAAGGAAAACAAGAAAGAU